AUGUUCGUCCACUCACCAAAGCCGCGUGAAAGUGCAUCGAGGCGUAGAUACCACUCACACACUAAUUCGCAGCAGGCGAUCGAGUUAAGGAGAGCGGAAAGCAGUGUUCGUAUGGAGAAGGCAGAGAUGUUGAACUUCUGCUGCGAGGUGUUGAGUGGUCUGCGCAAGCUGCUGGAGGAGAAUCCGGAAGUGAAGGCUCGAUUGCAGGCGAGUCACAGUAGUGGCAGUGCAACAACCACUGCUGUCUGCCACGGCUUCGUUUCCUUUCUCACCUCCGACUCCAUCUCCGAUUCUGCUUCCACCUCUGCCUCUGCCUCCGCCUUCACCGCUACCACAGCCACCACCUCCGUUUCAACAUCUCGAAUCACCUCUUGUGACAGUGGUGUCCACGAGUUACCUGCGUCACCAUCACCCUCUCUCGUGCAACCAUCCUCCAUUGAUUACAACAGCGUGAACCCUACUAACAGCUCCGCACAAGCGAAGGGUAGCAAGGAGAUAUGGAGGCCUUAUCUCAACUGUUUAUAG